GGUAGCUUGUGGUUUCGGGUUGCUUAACACUGAUUGACUUGAACAGUUGUGUUUUCAUUGGGUAUAGGAAGUCAAACCAAAGGCUGGGGAAGGCGCAGACAAUAGAGAAAUUUGCUAUUUUGAUGCUGGCCUUGGAAGUCGUAUUCAGGUUCACAUUCAGGGCCACUGUUUAGAAUUUCUCUCGGUGUGUUGAAUGGUAGCCCAAAAAGGAGGUCAAGAGAAGACGAACUACUUUGGUGUAAAGUGAGAGAAUUGACCAAGGAGAAGAGGAGCUCUAGAGGCAGAACAGGGAAAGGAGGAGGAAGCUCAGUAUGCUGUGAUAGUAAGACUGCACUUUACUCUCACUGACUUAAGACUGGCUGGGCCAAGUGGAAGGAAGAGACGUCAGUCGGUCAGGAAAGGGAAAUCAUUGAUAGGGUUGAGCAAACAGAUUUGGCUUAGGACUGGAGGCAGGCAGGACUACAUGCUGGGGCUGUGGUGACAACACAAUCUACUGGCUGCUGGGAGCCGGGAAAACUGGGACUUUACUAGAGGAUAUUCUGGGGAAUUAGAGGUGGAGGGACAUGGCAGCAUGAGAGAAGACAAAAUGUGAGGAAUGUUGGUGAAAUAGUCAGUGGUGAUGGUGUAUUUCUCUCCAUACCUUCUACCCAGGGUGCUCAGGGCAGGAACGGUGGUAUGGCAGAUCAUGUGACAGAGGCGAGAAUUGAUCUGGCACACUAGUCAGAGUUGAGGAAACUUGACUGAAACCACAUGUGAGACUUGGAUUACACAGUGACUUUUUUACAUGGAAUAUAAAGGCUGGGACACUGGUACAGAAGAACUAUGGAACUGGAGCCUAUAAGGAGAAAGCCUGAAGAUCUUCAAGUCCAGACUCAUAAAGAUUUUCCAUUUGGAAUUUUAAGUCCUCUUCAGCCCAUUCUAGAGCUCCAAGAGAACAGGGAUGAUUUCCUAGUUCGGGUUAAAGCACAAGUCAUGACUCGUGAUGACAGCAGCGGAGGUUGGGUGGCAUUGAAGGGGGGUGGCCUUAGCAUUGUGGGCCUACGGAAAAUAAGUGUCAUAGCUAACAGUGAUGAAGGGGUGCGAUAUGAAUAUGUUAUACAUGGUUAUAGGACAAGUGACCAAGAGGUGGUCCUCCACUGCAUGUUGAAGAAAGAUGUCCAGUACACGAAGGCCACGCCGACAUUCCACCAUUGGAGGACGGGAGAUCGGCGGUUUGGGCUGACGUUUCAAACUGCCGCUGAUGCCAGGGCAUUUGAUAAAGGCAUCAAAAGGGCGGUGGAAGAUUUAUUGGGUUCGCCCAACUCAUCAAAUUCUUUAGAAGUGGGAGAUGAUGACGUGUUUAUGCCAUUAGACCUUCCACUUCGCCGCCAAGAUUCGUCCUCACAAUCUGCUCAAUCUGCAAGUACGAAUUCGACAACGACAAGUAGUCCUACGCCUCAUUCUCCCAUCACCACUCAGGAUGUAGCAUAUCAGUCUCCCACGCGGCACCAUCCCCCGCCGCUGCCACCGCUACAGACACAGACAUCAUCAUCUAGUAGCAGUAAUGUGGAACAUUUGAAAAAAAUAAAUUAUGUUUCUUCAAGGACUGAGCUAGAAAAGGAGGAGGUGUGGAUUAAAAACCAUAAGAAGGAACACAAAGAUGACAAGGACAAAGAUGGUAGUGGAGAAAGAAUAGACUUAGGUUAUUCUUAUGUGCAGUUUCAAAAACCAAGACAAUCUGUUCAUGACUAUCAGUACCCAAAUAUAGACUCCAAAAAGGAAAGAAAGGACUCGCUUUCUAGCAUAAAAAAGAAUAAUUUGACAUCAAGUAGUAACAUGGCACCACUGCCACUUCCAACCAAAAAGAAAAAGAAGCAUAAAGACUCUGGGAAAUCAGAUUACCUGCUCCAAAGGCAUGUUUGCUGCCAGUACUGCAAUUUAAGCUUUGAUGAACAGUCCAACACCCCAGGGAGCUGUAAGGAGGCCCCAGAUAGGGUCCAUAAUAUUAUCGAGAAAGUCAGCUGCCUUUGCUGUGCUGAGGCGGUCCUUUAUCACUGUUAUGCCGACGAAGACGGUCGCUAUGGACAUGUGUGUGCCUGUGACACUUCUGAAGAUAAGUGCUGUCUUAAGUGGAUAACAUUAACAAUUCUCAGUUUUUUUGUCCCCUGUCUGUGUUGCUACCUGCCUCUGCGUGCCUGUCACAGGUGUGGUAUCAGGUGUGGCUGCUGCGGAGGACGGCACCAGGCCAAAUGACCACAGAGAGUCCGCUAAGCAAAGGGAAUUGUUCUAAGUAGAAGACAUACCUAAGCAGGCUUCUAUACAAUACAAGCAGGCUUCUGGUCUGUAAGGAGGCUGGCAUUGCUGUACAGUUGGAGGGGAGGCAGUCAGCUAGGUAGCCAGUGGGCUGCUGUACUUCUGUCUGCUGUGUACAUUGGCAACAGCCAACUUUUGUCAAGAAUCUUGUGCCAAAUAUGACAGCAGCCAGGUUAUUGCAGAUAACUGUACAUAUCUGUAUUGACAACCUGUGAUACUGACCACAAGCAAGGCUGUGGGAGGAAGGAAAGAAGGAAGGAGGAAAAAGGGCUGCUUGGAGCUCUGCUUGAGGAAUGUUAAGGUUGAGAAAUAAAUGCUCCAAGGCAAGGAGGUACAUGUGUCUAGAGACAAGGAUCUCUGGUGUGCACACGUUGUGUUUUCAGAGGAGUCUUUUGGCUAUGCAAAGACCAAGCAUGCUACGGUCCAGUUCUAAUGUAGGGCCUCUUGUAGACUGUCCAUUUUUAACAUGGUUCAUUGUGCGACCAAGCUGGUUCAUUGUGCGACCAAGCUGGUUCAUUGUGUGACCAUGCUGGUUCAUUGUGUGAUCACAUCCGUUCAUUGUGUGACCACGCCGGAUCAUUGUGCAACCACCGGUCAGUGCAAUUGCUAAAAAGGACAGUCAACAAACAGGGCAUCAAUGUGAUUCAGGGAAGACAGAGCAGUCUUGAAAAAGAACCUUUGAAAUGAAAGGAUGGUACUUGGAUUUAUCAUGCAAACAAAGGGGUUUUUUUACGAGCAGGACCCAAGCAUAAAAGGGAUGUUAGUACAAGUACAGGACUGCGAGACAUGGUGUGAGAAGAGAAGACUUCAGGAGUGGGGCAGAUGUAAACCUGGGUGUCAGUGUAGGACUUGGGGGGGUGUGAACUGGUUGGCUACCCAGGUUCUAGUAUAAAAACAAAGCACAGAAUGGGGAUUGUGCAAUGAACUGGUUCUGAUGAUAAGUUAUGAUUAUGUUGAAGAUAAAACAUGUUGAUGAUGAUGACAAUGAUGAUGCUGUGUUGUUGAGAUUGUUGUAAGGCUUUUACAGUGGCUAUCAGGCUUUUUGUUAAAAUUUACAUGUAAUAUUUUGGAAAGGACUCAGAUACAGAAUAAAUCAGUCAUGAUAAUUUGAUUACGUAAAUCCAUAGUGUCUUUGAAAAUAAUGUUGGAUUUUGAAUUGCGUACGUUGUUUACAAACAUCUGCCAGUCUGGAGUCUGAAUUACUGAGGUGCAAAAAUUUUGGAGUCACUUCUGGGAAUAUAUAAGAAAAAGGGAAGUGUUAAGAGAAUUAUCAGGAGAUUGCUAUUUCUUUGUCUUUUAGUUCAUCUUUUCCAUUUAUUUAUUUUCAUUAUUUUAUGCAGAACUAGAAUUCAUUUGUAUACAGCAGGCUAUGUGCCACAGUGUAUAAAGCUGUAAAGUAUUACAGUUGAAGGUAUUUUUGAGACAAAUCAUUUCAUUUUUACUUUGUAUAUACAUUGUAAAAGAAAGUUCCUGGCAACCAAUAGAGCUCUGUUAACAAUAAGGAAUUGCUGUUCCAAGUACAAUGUAGUUUGUAUAUGUGAAUCUUUUUAACUUGUUGAUUUUAGUGAACUCACCGAGCUACAUUUCUUAAUUGCCACUUAUUUUAAAGGCUUUGUUAAUUUACUUGUUUUAAUUCUUUCUGGUUAUUGAGUUAAGAGGUUGAUGUUUGCAUUUUAUCUUGGUCAGAAGACAACUUGGUUAUAGAAGGUGCACAGUAUUAAGAUAAAUCAGUUAUUAGCUUGGUUCUUUAUUUUACUGAAUCUGGUAACUGAAAGGUCAGAAUAUAAGACACAGGAGAAAAAAGGAUUUGGGAAUUAUUUAAAAUGUUAAAAAAUAAAGUUGCUGAGUAGUGAAGGCAUGGCAGUUGAGAUGCCACCCCCCCCCCCUUCUACCCUUCAGUUUUUACAUUAAUCAUUUUCCCCCCUCAAUGCUGGGUAUGUGAUGUGAAGUAAUAGAUAUCAGAAUGCUCACACCAUUGUAGCAUCAUGUCAUUUAAUAAGUAAAUAGUAUGAUAAAGUUCACAAAGACCUUUUCACUUUAUGUUAAGUAUCGCUUCUGUGUAUUCUUUGGCGUUUUUUACAUGUUUCAUGAUAGUUUUUUCCAUUGAAUUAUUAUUAUUAUUUUUUUAUUGUAAGCCUGGAACUAGUCAACUUUUGUUUCCUAUAGACCAAUUUCUAUAAGUGGCUUUGGUUACAGUCUUCUAGUUAACUCUACUGAAAACAAAAUCAAAUAUCUACUUAAGUUUUCUCCUUUGGUUUUUAAUAUUAAAAAGGAACGGAUACAUGAUGAAAUGAAAAAUGAACAUAGCAAAUGUUAUUGAUGGUUAUAUUGUGUACAGAAUUAAGCUCAGGUAUAUAUAUAUGUAAAUAUAUAUAUUCUAAAGGUCACAAUGAUAAGAUAAGACACAAAAAGAUGGCUUUUUGUACUCGUUUGUGAAAGUGCCGGUCUUCCGUAACCAUUGUACUAAUUAUUUGGCUACUUAAGUAUCACUUUCUGCAGAGUUACCACCUUGACUACCAGACCAUAUGUAUUAAGAUUUACCUUUGUGACCAUGUUUAAAGGAUUUGGAAUGUGAUUAGGUAGACUUGGAUGGUUUUGUAUGGGAGUUUGUUUUCAUAUGCCAGAAUAGUACUUACACACUGAUCAUACAAAUCAGCCCUUGAGGAAUGCAAUUUUACGUCCAAAUGUGGGGAAGAUUUUGUGUUGUUUAUUCUCUAGUACACCCUGUAAAACUUUUCUGACUGCGCCUUCCAUUUUCAGUACGCCGUUUGUUACUUAUCACGGCUAUUUUUAUUUGCUUAAAUUGUUCUUAUAUUGUCAUGUUUAUGGAGGUGUAUUGGUGUGGCUUUUUAAACAACAUUUUAAUUUAGCAUACAAACAGCAAGAGAGGCAGAACUGAUUAAACGGUGUGAGAGAAAAUAGUAUUAAUGUUUUAACGACUUUUUUGCUGUUAACCCGCUUUUGCCAACUUUUUAUUGCCAAUACUGUACUUUUGUGGAAGAGAUAGUGUCAGAAUAUUUUCUUUUUAUGUUGCAUAAUUGUUCAGUGAGCUUUAUUCUGUUGCCUUAUGAGAGCCAAGUGGACUUUUCCCUGCAUUUGCGCUGCCUGUAAGUUAAGUUAUCAGCGAUUGGAUGCACAUUUGAGAAAAAAAUUCUGACCAAUCAGAAACCAGUGAUUUGAUGCAUGUUUGAACUUCUGACCAAUCAGGAAUCAACUGUGAUCAAUAUUGAAAAGAAAAAAGGACAUGCGCUGAUCAUAUUGCAUGUUAUACUUGAGAUACGAAUAGGCAUUGUUCGUAUAUGUACAUAUUGUUGAUGCAUUUACAAUGUACUGCUAUGAGGAAGGAUGGCCAGAAGUUAAAGCCGGGCUGUGAUCGGCAGCUGCCGCGUAGUUGUCAUUUCUUUGCAGUCGAACAGAAUUCCAGGAGUCUGGCGUCACUUUGUGAUAACAUCUCUUAAAAAUAAAAGCACAUUGCUUAAACUAAUA